GCUGCCCGAGCGAGGAGGCUGCGAGGGGCGCGGGCGCUGCGGCCUCUGCGGCGCGGAGCGGAGGGGCCCAGUUGCCAAAAGCACAACUCUAGGGAGUGAAACAAGACUUAAAGUGGAUACAGGCACACAGAUGGCAGAUAACAGUAAAACAGAAGAUACUGCUUCAGAUUCUCUGGAGGCUGCUAAAAAUGCAACCAACAAAAAAGAAAAACUAGCAGACCAAGUGAUGCAAAAUCCACAGGCCUUGGCAGCUCUACAGGAACGUCUUGACAACACAGCACUUACUCCUUCAAGUUACAUUGACACUUUUCCAAAAGCAGUGAUAAGAAGAAUUGAUGCCUUGAAAAAACUCCAGGUGAAAUGUGCCCAUAUAGAAGCUAAGUUCUAUGAAGAAGUACAUGAUUUAGAGAGAAAAUAUGCAGCACUCUAUCAACCCCUUUUUGAUAAGAGAAGAGAGUUUAUUAAUGGAGAAGCUGAACCCACAGAUGCAGAGGCAGAAUGGCAUGGUGAAAAUGAGGAAGAAGAAAAACUGGCUGUGAGUACAAGCUGAGCGAUGAACUACUGGUUU